AUGUCGAGUUUUGGCUCUCUGAACCGCUUCCGGAUUCGCCCAGCAGAGCCGCGGGACUGUUCGGAGAUCCUGCGACUCAUCAAAGAACUAGCUGCUUAUGAAAACAUGGCUGAUGCGGUAAAAAUAACAGAAACAGAUUUGCUUCGAGAUGGUUUUGGGUCACGUCCUUUCUUCCAGUGUUUAGUAGCCGAGGCAACAAAGGACAAUGCAAUGCAUGAUACUGAUAUUGUAGGGUUCGCUAUGUAUUAUUAUACCUAUGACCCUUGGAUUGGCAAGUUGUUGUACUUAGAAGACUUCUACGUCAUGGAUGAAUAUAGAGGUUGGGGCAUUGGAACAGAACUUUUAAAAAGAUUAAGCCAGAUAGCGAUCGAUUCCAACUGCGGCUGCAUGCAUUUUCUUGUUGUUGUUUGGAACAAGCCGUCUAUAGAGUACUACAUGAGGCGUGGUGCUUCAGACCUUUCCACUGAAGAGGGAUGGCAUCUCUUCAGAUUUGAUAAAGAGACGCUGGUGAGAAUGGCUGCUGGAGAGUGA